AUGCGUAUAGCUUUGUGCUUAAUUCUACUCCAUAUAAUACACAUCAGUUCUCAACAACAACAGCAAGUGAAAUCGAAUCUAUUUGCAGAAGUCUUUAAAUUAAGAUGUAAUCAGUUGUCUAUUGAAAAUAACUUCCUUCCCGUAAAUUGUACUCACAUGUGGACUUUAUUUGAAGAAGCUUUGCUGAGUGCACAUAAACAGUCAGAAUGUGUUAUGAAACCUGAACUCUAUGCGAAAUUUGUCAAGUAUGCAUUUUCAGUACAACCAAAAAUCACUGAACAAUAUUUCCAUUCUCAAGUCAUCGACGUGGUUCGUGGAAUGUGCAAAAAUCUUCGAGAAUGCUACACUUUGGAACGAACUUUUGCAGGAUUUAUUCUUGAUGAAAUGAACUGGUGUAAUACCAGUUUAACAGGAGAUCUGCACUAUGGAACUAUUUGUGGUUGCAAUUCAAAGAGUAGAGUUAUUGGAGCUUACUGGGAUGCAGCUUCUGAAGAGUAUGCAAAAUCAGCAUCUGGUCAUGUUUAUGUGAUACUGAAUGGAUCAGUUGAACUACCGUUCAAUGAAAACAAGACAUUUUCACGUGUCGAGCUGCCACUGUUAAAAUACCCUCAAGUUCACAAUUUAACAGUGAAGUUAGUCCACAGUUUGGAGAAAACAGGAUAUUAG